CGCAGGUCCUUUAUUUCGCUUUGUUAUCAGGGGUUUUCGGCCUUCAGACUUUUAGAGAAGAAGAGAUAAUGAAGCACGCGUCUCUUCUCGCUACGGAAACCCUUGUUGGAUGUCUAGUCGUUCUCUGCUACGGUGUUCGAGUUUCUUCCGGUAUUGUUCAUAUCAGAGGAAAACCAAUCUCCGUCACCUUCGUUGAUGCUCCGGCCAGAUUUGCUGUUGGUGUCAACAGGUCUGGUAUUUGUGGAGCUUUGUAUGUGGCAGAUCCUCUGGAUGCCUGUUCUUCCCUUCAGACUAGCUUCGAUUCCGAAGCAAACGAUAAGGUACGGUUUGCUCUGAUUGCUAGAGGUAACUGCUCUUUCGAGGAUAAAGUUCGGAAUGCUCAAGAGGGUGGCUUUCGUGCCGCAAUUGUGUAUGAUGAUCGAGACAGGAAGAAUUUGGUUUCAAUGAUUGGAAACCCUGAAGGUAUAUGGGUGCAUGCAGUCUUUGUGUCAAAGGUGGCAGGUGAAACUCUAAAGAAGCUUGCACGAGGUGAAGAAGGAGAGUGUUGCAUCAGAUCUUUGUUAGAGGAAACCGCCUGGACUGUAUUGGUAAUUUCCUUCAUCUCUCUUACUGUCAUAGUAUCUGUCCUUGCAACAUUCUUCUUUACUCGCAAUCAACGUGUAUACCGUCAAGGCACGUACCAGCGUUCUCCAAGUGUAGAUAGUAGGAUAGUCGAAGAUCUUCCAUCCUUCACAUUUUACAGUGCUAGUUCAAGUGUCUGCCGCAUGGGAGUAACUUGUGCUAUUUGUCUUGAAGACUACAGAGAUGGGGAAACUCUGAGGGUUCUUCCUUGUCAACAUUAUUUUCAUGCAAGCUGUGUGGACUCAUGGCUAACCAAGUGGGGGACAGUCUGCCCUGUGUGCAAGCAUGACAUGAGCCCAAGCAUGGGGGACUAACUAUGUGAAGACUUAUUAUGGUUGUUUAAUGUUGGAUGUGAUCAUUGAUUCGUUUUACUACAUCAGGAUCCCGGCUUCUGUGUGUCUACCUUUGCUUGCAGUGAUACCAGUGUUCUCCCCUCCGGUUUUACCUCGCACUUCCAUAGGUUUGGAUAAGCAUGGGCAUCAUGGUGGUUUAUAUUUUUACAUUUGCAGCAUCUUAUGUAUCAUGUAGAAAAGUAGUAAAAGAUGUGUGUGCUGCCUCGUCUUCUUAGUAUCUUUGUCAAUACAUUCAAGUUCAUAAUAAACAUUUGUAUAGUUGCUACACUUUAUACUAGUGAUGACGAUGAUGAUGAGAAAGGCUCAGGAUGAAAAUCCAUCGUUGGGCACUACACUGUAUACUUGAUGAAGGUUUAAAUUCAUUGAUCUGUUGAAACCUUUCUCUA